AUGAAAGUAAUGAAAAAAAAAGACGACGCGCACUGGAUCAUAAAAAGAGAAGUGGGGCGGUGGAAGGUGUACGACUACACGGUGCUGAGACACCCGGAGCUUAUGCGGUAUGUGAAAAACAUAGACACGCUCAUUCCAAAGACAAAACACAACAACUUUUUGCUGGACGUCGAGUCGUGGUACUCGAUUACUCCCGUUGACUUGGCCAAAGGCAUUUCCCAAAGCAUAAAAAAUAAGUACCAAAGUGCUGUUAGCAUUUUGGAUCUUUUUGCCGGGGUGGGGGGAAACACUGUCUCGUUCAUGGAGUUCAGCAAUGUCGUAGAUUCGGUGGAGUUUGACUACAAGAAGAUAAAAUGUCUUCGCAAUAAUGUGAAAGUGUGCACAGAGAACAGAGAGCACAGGAUCUUCUACUUUGACGUUUACAAUCCGCAGCUGCUCCUGCAUCUAAAGGAGGAGUACGAUGUUAUAAUGGCUAGCCCGCCCUGGGGCGGCCUGGACUACAAACAGGACACCGCUCUAGAGCUGUUUAUGAAGUGCAGGGUGCUUGAGCUAGAGGCCAUAUACAGUACCAGAGCACCGCUAAGGCUGUAUAUGCUCCCGCGGCAGAUAACAGACGACAUAUUCCUUCUUUUGAAUGAUGAGUUUUCGGUUUUCAACGGCUUCUCCAAGAGCCCAAAUAGAGUAGUUGCAAAAAUACUGGCAGUAGGCGAUGUAGAGGGCUUCAAGCUAAAAAAGUGUUUUUAA